AUGGAGGAGCAGGCGAGGCCACCCGGCCGCCCGCCCGAAAGCGUGGCCUUACCGGGCAGCGCGCAUCCGGGCGGGGCGGCUUCCACGGCCACCGCGGCCGCGCUGUCGUUCAGCGCCGUCGCCACGGUAACGCUGGGAAACCAGAGCGAUGCGGGCCGGCUGGAGGCAGUGGGGUCUCGGGGACCGGCGCCGCUGCUGUGGCAUGGGGCGGCGGUGGCCGCCCAGGCGCUCGUGCUCCUGCUCAUCUUUUUGCUGUCUAGCCUUGGCAACUGCGCAGUGAUGGGGGUGAUCGUGAAGCACCGGCAGCUGCGCACGGUCACCAACGCUUUCAUCCUGUCUUUGUCCCUGUCGGACCUGCUCACCGCGCUGCUCUGUCUACCUGCCGCCUUCCUAGACCUGUUCGCGCCUCCGGGAGACUCGGGACCCUGGCGCAGCUUCUGCGCCGCCAGCCGCUUCUUCAGUUCGUGCUUUGGCAUCGUGUCCACGUUCAGCGUGGCGCUCAUCUCUCUGGACCGCUACUGCGCCAUCGUGCGGCCGCCGCGGGACAAGCUGGGCCGGAGACGCGCGCUGCAGCUACUGGCCGGUGCGUGGCUGGCUGCGCUCGGCUUCUCCCUGCCCUGGGAGCUGCUUCGGGCGCCUCGGGAACCCCCGGCUCCGCAGAGCUUCCACCGCUGCCUUUACCGGACCUCUCCAGACCCCGCGCAGCUGGGCGCCGCCUACAGCGUGGGGUUGGUGGUGGCCUGCUACCUGCUGCCCUUCCUGCUGAUGUGCUUCUGCCGCUACCACAUCUGCAAGACCGUGCGCCUCUCGGACGUGCGCGUGCGGCCAAUGACCACCUACGCCCGCGUGCUGCGCUUCUUCAGCGAGGUCCGCACCGCCACCACCGUGCUCAUCAUGAUUAUCUUCGUCAUCUGCUGCUGGGGCCCCUACUGCUUCCUGGUGCUUCUGGCUGCGACUCGGCAGGGUCAGGCUACGCAGGCUCCCUCGCUGCUCAAUGUGGCGGCUGUCUGGCUGACGUGGGCCAAUGGGGCUAUCAACCCUGUCAUCUAUGCCAUCCGAAACCCCAACAUUUCCAUGCUCCUAGGACGCAACCGUGAGGAGGGGUACAGGACUAGGAAUAUGGAUGUUUUUUUGCCCAGCCAAGGCCUAGGUUUGCAGGCCAGAAGCCGCAAUCUCCUUCUAAAUGGCUGUGCCAGCAGGCUGGGGACUUGCAGCAGGAUGCCUUCUUCCAACCUGGCUAGCGGGGCAGGAGGGGAAGUGGUCAUGUGGGCUCGCAAAAACCCAGUUGUGCUGUUCUUCCGAGAGGGACCACCAGAUCUGGUUACGGCAGAUGGCAAACAGCAUAAAUCUGAAGCCAGGGAUAGCAGCUUCUAAAAAAGGUUAGGGUGGAGAGUUUGUAAUAGCAGAUUUACACCUCUAUUGCUUAAUGAUGCGAGAAUCCGGGGAGAACUGUGGAUUUCAUACAGCCAGACAUUUAAAACUAAAAAGACAGAAAUGAGAGGGUUACCACUUCAUUCUCAAACAUAAAAGACGCAAAAGAACACUCCCCUUUCUUCAAAAGUGCCAAAAGGAAUGUGAAACGCAAAAAAUUAAAACAAUUUUAAACCACACAACCAAGCAUUGUGAGGUGUAAGUGCUAAAAAGCCACAAAAAUAAGAUUCACAGUUAUUUUAAAAGCUCAUAUUACAGGAAUCACACUGUGAAACAAACAAAAACCAUUGAACUGAACUUAAACGAUUUAUUCAAAUACUGGGGUUUUAAAUGAGCUAAGAGCCUCUGAUCUGUUUGAAGGCCCCUGCACUUCACCAGCAUUCAACGAAACCAGAUUCUAGCGUCUGCCUGCCUGACCUGCGUUGGCUGCUUAAGCGCUGAGAACAGAAAUAGCAUUACACAGAUUGAUGCCCUGCCCCGGAGUUUUUGUGCGAAAUUUUAAAUUCAGAGUCUAUUUUGAACACUUCGGGAUUUUUGAAAAGGUCGUUUGUUACUAGAUAGAAAUCAUUGAUCCAAAGGGCAAAAUUAACAUAACGUGGUUGCUUAAACACAGGUCCAACAUUAUGCAUAAAAAAAACCCAACGUUCCUGCUAAGCUCAUUUUAACCCCCAAAUUAUCUGUUGUGGGAAGCCCAGGCUCUUUCCUUACUCUAAACUGUUGUUCCUGUUUGAUAGCUUGUAUAUGCCACUGCAAAUGCUUUCGUUAAAAAAAAAGUAACUUUCAUACUAGACAAGUUGUCCAUUGGGACAAUUGUGUUUGUGUUUUUGUUUUGUUUUGUUUUGUUUUUGAUAAAGCCCAAACUGUGAUUUGAAGUCAAAUUGCUUGAAUAAAGUGAGUAUUGUUAAAUUUGCACAUAGGCAUAUAUGGACUGCCUUGCUACUUACCCUCCAGCUGCCAAAUGAUUCCAAUGAGGAAUUCUAGAAGUAGUUUGAGAAGUAUGGUCACAUCCUUGGAAUAGCCAUACACCAUCUUAAGAGGACAUACUUUCUAUUCGGAAGUUUGGGCACUUCUUUUUUAGUAGCAAAUAUUUUAAUCAUUAUUAGAAAGACAAUUGACAUGGGUUACAAGAUGGGAUAUAAAGUCUAUAGGCACAAGAUUAGAGAGAUACCUCAAGCAAACUUGCAAAAACAGGUUUUGUAAAACAAUAACUCAGAAGCACAAUCUAUGCUUUGUAUAUGCCAGAUUUCUCACCCUGAAUGUCACUUCAUUUUCCCUCCCUCCUCCUGCUUCUCUCUAAUUCAGUAUUCCAUAGCUUUAGCUGAAUAAUCAUUUUUUAAAGUAUGAUCAUGCAUACUAUGUGAAGAUUUCAUUGUCAGCUAGCCAGCAGUGUUUUAU